AUGUUUUUGUUCGUGCACUUUACAAAAGUCAUGAUUAACGGUGGUCAUCUGAACCUUGGAAAUAUUCCCAUCAUGUUGCAGCUGACUGCCUCGUUUAAACCCAAAGACUGUGUCAAGACCCCCAUCAAGGUCAUCUUCAAACCUAUGUCGACUAUUGAAACACAGGUAGUGAUUGUAGGUGCGGGCAUCUCAGGGUUAAAAGCUGCCUCUGACCUACAUAAAGGAGGAUGUAACUCUUGUGUGGUGCUUGAGGGCCGCGAUAGGAUUGGUGGAAGAUUACACACUGUGGAAGGAUACCAGGGUCGCAAGUACGAUAUGGGUGCUAGUUGGCAUCAUGAUACUUUAGUUAAUGGGCUUUUUGAAGAGGAACUUGGUUUGCCUUUGGAGCAAAGGGCAGGCUUUGUCUUUGAUGACGAUGAGAUGAUAAUGUUUGAUAAAGAUCAUAAGCGGUUGGACAUGGAUCCAAAUAUGGUGUUGGAAAUUCUACAAGGUGAGCUUUUGAAAUUCAUAGAAUUACAAUUCUUUGAAAGCCUGGAAGUCAAGGACCGCUCUUACUAUGAAAUGAUUGUUAAGUACCUUUACCAAAGAAGAGACUUACUCACAGACGACCAGAUAAAAUACUUGCCUCAAGUGUGUCGCUAUUUGGAGCUGUGGCAUGGAUGUGAUUGGAAAACCCUUAGCUCGAAAUUUCUAGAGAUUGCACACCAGGGAAGAAAUGCAAUGGUUUUACAUUACAGUACCAUCGUCAAACGAGUUGCAUCCACCAUUCCAGAAGAAUGGAUUCAAUUGAAGUCUGAAGUCACUGAAAUCAAACGAUGCCAGAACAAGGUUCAUGUCAAGACCAAUAAAAAUAAGAUAUAUAUCUGCGAUUAUGUGGUUGUGACUGUACCACAAAGUGUCAUCGAGCUUUCUUUACACCCUGAAUAUCGCAGGGGACGUAUUGAAUUUAUUCCUCCUUUGGGUCCAGAAAUUAGAAACGCUUUUACCAAGACUCACUAUAGCGCUUUAGGUAAAGUCGUAUUUGAGUUUGAGAAUUGCUGUUGGUCCAAAGAGCGUGCGAGGAUUUUAUCUCUUGGUAAAUCUUCUACUGAUUUUACUAAUGAUGUUAGAAAUGCUCAAAGCUAUGAAAGCUUAUUAGCAACCCUACAAAAUAAAACACAAUAUCAUUUGGAAAAUGGGCAAUUAUGGGAAUUUCCGUUGUAUUUCGUUAAUUUAGCUAAAACCACCGGCGUUCCUAGCUUCGUGAUGUUGAUGCAAGAACCCCUCACAAGUUAUGUUGAAUCUUUGCAGGAUAAGAAUAAGGCAUAUCAAUUUUUUCAACCUAUUUUGGAGGGCUUACUGAAAACCUUGGGAAACUCAAAUCCUAUUUGCGUGGAUUUUGAUAAUAAAAAUGCCACUUCUGAUCAGGACAUUCCUGUUUUAAAGAAUUUGAUUACUACGAAUUGGACACGGGAGGAAUUCUCUUUGGGAGCAUACUCUGCGUGUUUCCCGGGUGACGACCCAAUGGAUUUGAUUAUUGCCCUGACACAUAACGAAAAUUCAAGGAUUCGCUAUGCAGGCGAACAUACUAUCAUGGAUGGAGCAGGAUGCGUGUAUGGCGCAUGGGAAAGUGGCAAACGUGAAGCUGCUUUAAUCUUGAAAAAUUUACAAGGGCUGUAG